UUCAUAUAUUCCUAACCGUUUAGGUUAAUUUUGCAUAUAAAAAACAACGUCACUUGCAUCAUCAAACCAGGAAGAAAAAAAAUUAUCAAUCUCAGUUCUCUUUCUAUAAUGAAGAACGACGCAGACUUGAAAGCAUACGUCUCUGAAGAGCAAAGGGAAAGAUUACGCGACCGACGAGAGAGGGAAGAAUUAGAGAGAAAUAUCAAAGAAAGGGAUGCUGCUCGAACAAGAAAGCUACAUUUGCGAAAUUUGGCAAAGGAGGAAAAGGAAGAUGAUAUUGGAGCACUAAGAAUUAUAUCGAGACAAGAGUACUUGAAGAAAAGGGUGGAACAGAAGUCGGAAGAGCUUGCAGAUGAGAUAGAAGAUGAACAGAACAUGUUUGACAGUGUUGAGUUGACUGAAUCAGAGCGCCGUGAAUUCAGGUUCAAACAGGAUCUUUAUGACCUGAUUGUCAAAAAUAGUAUGAAAGAUGAUUGCGGUGAGUAUACAAUGCCGGAUGCAUAUGAUCUUGGAGUGAACCAGAAGAAAAGGUUUGCUGUCGCUUUAAAGAAUUCCAGAGAUGGUGAAUCAAAGGGUAAGAAGAUGAAUCCGUUCGCUGAACAAGAACAAUGGGAGCAGCAACAGAUGGGAAAAGCAGCCCUUAACUUCGGUUCUAAAAACAAAAGAUUGAAGGCAAACAGAUAUGAAUAUGUCUUCGGAGAUCAAAUUGAGUUUAUAAACACAGGUGUAGUGGAAGGAGAAAAAAAUUAUCCUGAUUUGGAGAAAUUUGAGUGUGUGAAGAUUAAGGAAGAGCAGAAAACCCUGCCAGUCUAUGGCUAUAAAGAUGAAUUACUGAAUGCUGUCCGAGAUCACCAGGUGCUCGUAAUUGUCGGUGAGACUGGUUGUGGGAAGACGACUCAAAUCCCACAGUAUCUGCAUGAAGCUGGAUAUACAAAAGUUGGAAAGAUUGGAUGUACUCAGCCUAGGAGAGUUGCAGCAAUGAGUGUUGCUGCUCGUGUUUCCAAAGAAAUGGGUGUGAAACUCGGGCAUGAGGUAGGCUAUUCCAUUCGUUUUGAAGAUUGUACAUCAGAGAAGACGAGUAUUAAGUAUAUGACAGACGGUAUGCUGCUCCGUGAAUUCCUUGGUGAACCAGACCUUUGUAGUUACAGUGUUAUCAUGUUGGAUGAAGCACAUGAGAGGACUGUUACUACAGACAUAUUAUUUGGUUUGGUCAAGGAUGUUGCUCGAUUUCGACCUGACUUGAAGUUACUCAUCUCAAGUGCAACUCUUGAUGCUGAGAAGUUCAGCGAUUAUUUUGAUUCAGCCCCGAUUUUCAAGAUUCCAGGGAGGCCUUAUGAGGUCAAGAUACACUCCACUAAGGCACCAGAGGCUAAUUAUUUAGAUGCCGCGAUCGUCUCUGCACUCCAAAUACAUGUCAAAGAACCACCUGGUGAUAUUCUGAUGUUUCUCACAGGACAAGAAGAAAUUGAAACAGUAGAGGAGAUAUUGAAGCACAGAACUAGGGGCCUCGGAACGAAGAUUGAUGAACUCAUCAUAUGCCCCAUUUAUGCCAACCUACCAACACAUCUGCAGAACAAGAUAUUUGAACCUACUCCUGAAGGAGCACGCAAGGUUGUGUUGGCCACAAACAUCGCAGAGACAUCUCUAACGAUCCAGGGGAUCAAAUAUGUUAUAGACCCGGGAUUUGUCAAGAUAAAGUCAUAUAAUCCAAGAACAGGAGUGGAGUCACUGUUGGUUAAGCCAAUCUCUAAGGCAUCAGCAAACCAACGUGCAGGUCGGUCUGGACGAACAGGUCCAGGUAAGUGUUACAGAUUAUAUACUGCUUAUAAUUACCAGGAACUGGAAGAUAAUACUGUCCCAGAAAUUCAACGGACUAAUCUAGCAAAUGUUGUGCUUACUCUCAAAUGUCUUGGAAUUCAGGACUUGUUGAACUUUGAUUUCAUGGAUCCACCACCAUCUGAAUCAUUGUUGAAAGCUCUUGAGUUGCUAUAUGCACUAGGCGCUCUGAAUAAGCACGGUGAAUUGACAAAAGUUGGAAGAAGAAUGGCGGAAUUUCCCCUUGAUCCCAUGUUAUCGAAGAUGAUUGUUGCUUCAGAGAAGUAUAGAUGCUCAGAGGAGAUUAUUACGAUUGCAGCAAUGCUUUCUAUAGGCAACUCGAUCUUUUACCGCCCCAAGGAUAAACAAGUCCUUGCAGAUAAUGCAAGAGUGAGAUUCAGUGAGGGGAAUGUUGGAGAUCAUAUUGCUCUUCUCAAUGUUUACAAUGAAUGGAAAUCAUAUGACUAUGGAAGCAUGUGGUGUUACGAGAAUUUUGUUCAGUUCAAGAGUAUGAAACGCGCAAGGGAUAUAAGAGAUCAACUGAAAGGGCUCUUGGAGAGGGUUGAAAUAGAAGUCACAUCUAAUCUGAAUGAUUUGGACGCAAUCAAAAAGGCUAUCACAGCUGGAUUCUUCCCUCACUCAGCAAAGUUACAGAAAGACGGGUCCUAUAGGACAAUUAAGCAUCCUCAGAUUGCAUACCUUCAUCCUAGUUCAAGCUUAGCACAGAUACAUCCACAGCCAAGGUGGGUUGUAUUCCAUGAGCUGGUUUUGACAACCAAAGAAUAUAUGAGACAAGUAAUCGAGCUGAAACCAGAGUGGCUGAUUGAGAUCGCUCCUCACUUCUAUAAAAAGAAGGAUGUCGAAGACUCUGACACAAAGAGAAUGCCACAGGGUAAGGGGCUAUCUGCUUUUAGCUGAAGAAGGAAUGCUUGAGAAGAUGAGUUGUAGAGAUUUAUAUAAGAAUAAAACAUAAUCUAAGAAGUUUAUGCUUCAUCAAUUUGUAUUAACUGAAAUCCUAGAAGGUAAUGAUAUGAAUGAUCACAAAUAUAUACUGAUUAUUUUUCCUUCCCAAUUCCUUUGUAUUUGUACACACUUUCUGAUUCCCUUUCCCUCUCCCCUUAAUCUCGAACAAGAAAAUUUGUAUAUGUACAUUUUAGACAAUGCAAUUUUUUGUUUGUAUAAGAAAUUGUUGCAAUCUACGAAAGAAGAAGAAAUUCUCUGGUUUAUAGCAGGGUGACUUAACUUUUUUUCCCCAGGAACAUAAUGGUUUAACAGCCUGGUAUAAACCACAAGAGCAGAACAGGGAAACAAGUUUAAUGGAUGAGUUUGCUGGGAAGCAGAUUUAUUCUACUAGAGUAAAACUGUGUUUUGAAAGUUUUGUUCAUCCAUUAACAAGUAUGGCUGAAGGAACCAUGGAAAUCUAUCAAAAAGCAUAACAAGAUUUGGUUUACUGAACUUUUUUAAUUGAUUUUUUUUAAAAAUAAAAAUAAAAUAAAUAAAGUGGCAUUUUCUUUCAGACUUGAGCCUCAACAAACAGCAAGAGUAAUUAUGGGGGGGAAUUAGUGAAUCACAAUCAAAUCUUUUAUCCAACAGCAGAAUGGAACUAAGGACACUUAAUUUCC